AAUAUUACUUUAAUCAUUCUAUUGUGUGUGAAGUCUUACAGCAGGGUGAUUAGCUGACUGUCUAUGCGCUUGCUUUUUAGUGCGACGCUGAGCAUUAGUUGAUUAGAGUUUCGUGUGUUAAGAAUUGGUGUUUGGAACCCAAUGCGUCUUUGAGUGUGUUUUUUUUUUUCUCAGAUACGCCACUGUACACUAAGUCGCACAGCCAUCCAUUAACAUAUCUCCUGCUGUGUAUACAUAUUUAAAUGUGUGUAUAAGAACAAGGUUACAAUCGUGUUAUAUUCUUUAUAUUAAAGAAUUACAUCAUAUCAGUUUCAGUGUACUUUGCUAUUACCAAAAAAAAAAAAAAAAAAAAAAAAAUUGGCUCUAAAGGAUAAAAAUAAAGACAAGCGAAUGAUGCACGCAUAUUGUUUACAUUAUGACAUGAUGGGCUGAGGGAUCGAUGGGAUCGUGGUAGAUUUUUUUUAAAACUAUGUUGAAUCGAUUCGAACUUAAGAUCAACUUAUCUAGGGAUGACCCAAUUAAGUGACAUAUUUUAUUUUAUUUUAUUUUCUGUUUUCAACCUACCUUUGCUGAAAGAGGUGCACUUGUCUUCCACAGUUGAUGUGCGGUCGCUGGGAGCUUGGCCCCAUUGUCUGUGAUCUGUACAUCGCAAUGGAUGUCGUCUGCUCCACCUCGUCCAUAUUCAACCUCGUAGCCAUCAGCAUAGACAGGCGAAGCUGCGGCGGGAUGGGCCGGGCAGCCGCAGGUCCCGUUGACGACGGCGUGGAGGAGGUGGUGACAGCCUUCGUCGAGAAUCCUAACUUGAUCCUAUUCAUUUCUUGCGCAACGUCGAGGGCGUUCUUUUGGGGCGCACUCGACCUCACUCCCUUACUGAGCCACUCCCGCCCACCCGCUAACCAGACCGCUAACACUACCUCCCAAAGUCACUCAUCCAUUUCCUCACCCACUGACUCACUCACCCACCAGCGUGCCCCUCCAGCCACUCACGCCCCCGCCUCGUUCUCCGGCAGAUACACGGCCGUGACGAAGCCCAUCAAAUACGUCCACUCGAAGAACAACAACCGCAUCGUGGUGACCAUCGCCGUCAUCUGGACCGUGUCGGCCGCCAUCGGGAUCCCGCUCUUCUUCGUCAACAAGUACGACGGCUACACGAAAGGUGACAAGGCGAUCUACGACUGCACCUUCGUCAACGCCGACUUCAUCCUCUACUCGUCCUUAUCCUCCUUUUAUAUCCCCUGCAUCGCCAUGAUCUACCUCUACUACAGAAUAUUUAAGGCGCUAAAAGAUCGGGCGAGGAAGAAGAAACCCAAAGUCAGCGAAAUUAAAGCAGGAAGCGUUAUAGAAAACGUAGCACAAACCAGAAUGUUAGCGGAAACAACACUAGGGACGGAGAUGGUUCUGCCUCCUGCCAAGUCUACGGACCUCAUCGAGGAGGACAAGAACACCAACAACACCAGUAAUAGUCAGAUAUCUUUCAGUUACCAAAUUAUAAAAGAUAAAACUGCAUAUACAGACACAUACUUCGUUUUAAGUGUGCAGCUGCAGUAUACGACCAAAUGUUGA